CUUCUAGCUAUAGGUGUUUAUACACAUUAUCCAGUAGAGAGAUACUACCUUGCAUUCAAACUUCUAGCUAUAGUAUUAUUGGUAUUUUUCUCAACACCUGCUGCAUUUGCUGGUAGCAUUGAAUCUCUUCUUCAACCUAUGGUGGAUAAAGUUAGCAGGUUUCAAAUCUAUGCUAUACCCUUUAUUCUCUCCUGUAUACCAACCCUUCUCUUCAUUCUCUUCGGAUACUUAAUACAGGGUAUAGUUAAACUAUCUAUAGUUAAAUUUGGAGGGUGGGAGAGACAAAAGGUUAUACCUGAGUAUAUGGUUGGAUUAUUCAGUUGGGGAUUUUUAUCCAUUGUUAUUCUACCAGUUCUAGCUCUUUCAUCAGCUCAGAAUAUAACGGAGUUUCUACUAGAUACUUUUCAACCAAUGGAAGCAUUGUUGGAUACAUCAAAGAACUCUACUGGAGCAAAUCUAUACAACAGGAGAUGGGAAUGUUUAUUUCUACCAGACUCCGGAGCAUUCUUUAUGAACUAUCUAAUAAUAUCUGCUGGACUCCGCAACCAUCUUAGUCUGCACAGGUUUCCGGAGUACCUAGAGGAACUUUGGGGAUAUUGUUUUCAUAGGUAUACUGCUGUAAAGAGGGUUGAGGUUGAGAAGACCAGGGAGUUCAACUGUAUAAGGAACAGUGAAAACAUGAGUUUAGCUGAAGAUUAUACCUGGAUACUUCUUCACUUCUCAAUACUAUCCUUCUUCUGUGUCAGCUUUCCUCUCAUAUCCUCAGCUUUUAUAGUUUAUAUCCUGUCCAAACAUGUUAUUGAUAUAGAAUGCUUCAGGAAAUAUUUUAAAACGGUUGGAACUCAACCUGCUUUGCUAAGAACUGCUAUAGAGAUAAAUAUAUUCUGUGGUUUAUUGGUUCAGCUGAAUACUGUAGCUUUCCUAUUCUUUAGAACAUCUCCAGGGGGCGAGGGUUUGGUUCGGAGAAUGGUUGCUGGAAACCUGAUUAUAUUCAGUAUUCUCAUCUUCCUCAUCAUGGAGUCUAGUAGAUGGAGGUUUCCUUGUAAUAUAUUCGGCAAACCUAAACCAACAAGAUCUAAGCCUAUAUCCAACCAAAUCCAUGAGUACAGGGACAGACUUUUCUUUGAACAUCUUGUAACUUCUAUAUAGAGAUAUUGGUUAACAUCUAUUCAAGCCAUGUUUAAUAUAAAUAUUCUUCAUAUUUUCUAAUAUAUAUGUGUCAGUUA